UCUGUUCGGUCAUCCCUCCCCUUCCAUCCUUUGCUCACAUUGAUCUUCCAUUCGGUGGGAAAAUUCCUGCUGGAAUAUUCACGGUGGAUUUGAACUCGGGGGAUUGUAUGGGAAAGACAGGGAUCUUCAACACACGCUGGAGGAUUUUCUUCCAUGUUCUUUCUUGUGUUGUUCAGAAAACCAUCAUGUUGAUGUGGAUCAUGGCUUCCUGAUCAGAUCUUCCUGACCACUAUCUUCUCUUUCCCUGGACUCAUCAUUGGCUCAGUGAUGAACCACACACCCAGUCCCAACAUGACAGAGACCGCCAAGUCAGGGGCAGGCUUGUUAUGUGGCCUGGGCCUGGGCCCGGAUCGGGUACGCUCCCCGGACAGCCUGACGCAUACGCCCAGCCCGUCAGGGGGAACACCCAGUUCCAGCCCCCCUCUGCUGCUGUCUCCAGGGCUAGGCUGCGAUGGCGGCGGGGACUGGGAGAGCCGUGAGGAGUUGCGUCUACGUGAACUGGAGGAGGCUCGGGCACGGGCGGCUCAGAUGGAGAAGACGAUGCGCUGGUGGUCGGACUGCACGGCCAACUGGAGGGAAAAAUGGAGUAAAGUGCGGGCCGAACGCAACAGGGCACGGGAUGAGGUCAGGCAGCUUAGACAACGUCUGGACACCCUUACAAAAGAGCUGACGGGGGCACGACGAGAGCGUCAAGAGCUGGCGGCAGAAAACGAACAACUGCGCCUAGAGGCCCAAAGAGUCCGGGCUGAACAGAACUCCCCAGAGAAUGCUUCCACUGCACCAGCAUCCAACUCCUCUGCUUCCACACACUCCAACCAGCCACGGGAACCAGACAUCAAGCAGGACAGCCAGGAUGAGGAGAAUGUGAGAGAUGGGCCAGGCUCUCCAGAGCAGGAACCUGUGAGAGAUGUAGACACUGACAAACCAGACAAGCAGAAGGAGUUAGAGUUAUUGGAGGCUCUUCUCAGGGCAAAGUCAGAGGCUCCAGACUCUUGGGACAUUCGCAGUGCCAGUAGCUUGCGCUCAGUUCUCAGUCGGCAGGACCGGAGCAGACUGCUGUGGGAGGAUCUGGCUGCCCUGGAGGAGGACUCUAGCAAGCUCAACGCUCUCCAGCUACGUCUGGAUGAGUCUCAGAAAGUCCUGCUGAAAGAACGAGAGGAUAAGCAUGCGCUCAUUAAGAACAUCGAGAAGCUGGAGGCAGAGCUGAGUCAAUGGAAACUCAAAUAUGAGGAACUGAACAAGAGCAAGCAAGAGGCCUUAAAACAGCUGAACUUCUUGAAAGAGGUGCAUCAGGAUGAGCUGGGCCGCAUGUCUGAAGAUCUAGAGGACGAGUUGGGGGCUCGUACUAGCAUGGACAAAAAACUGGCGGAGCUCCGUACAGAGAUGGAACGUCUGCAGGUGGAGAACGCAGCAGAGUGGGGUCGUCGGGAGCGUCUGGAGACGGAAAAGCUGGCUCUGGAGAGGGAAAACAAAAAGCUGCGUGCCCAGAUGGAAGACCUGGAGGAGCAGCUGGCACGCAAACGCAGGCAGGCCGCCAGCGCCCUCGACACUGACCUCAAGACCAUCCAGUGUGAGCUGUUUGAGAGGAACAAGGAGCUGGCAGAUUUGCGGCAUGUCCACUCCAAGGUUAAAAAACAGUACCAGGAGAAGAUGGCCGAGCUGGCACAUGCUAACCGGCGUGUGGAGCAGCAUGAGACAGAAGUUAAGAAGCUCCGACUGAGGGUGGAGGAACUAAAGAAAGAGCUGGGCCAGGCUGAAGAUGAGUUGGAUGAGGCUCAUAACCAGACCAGAAAGCUACAGAGGUCCUUGGAUGAGCAGGUGGAGCAGACAGAGAACCUACAAGUUCAGCUGGAGCACCUACAAUCCAGGCUGAGGCGUCAGCAGAAUCCUGGCCUCUUUGGCAAGAUGAGGACAUCAGCGUCCUCGCGGUUUGUGCCUGAAGAUGCAGACGUCCCCCCUAGCGACCCAGAUGAAGAUGAGGAAGAGGAACUGCAGCUCCAGAUCCCCUAAACUGUUCACUCCAAACCUGGGAAUGUAGGAAAGACUCGUAGCUCACACCCAAGCAUUUCACUUUCCCCUUCAUUUCAUCUCCCAGCUGAAUCCAGAAGAGGACACAGACUUCACAAUCCUCAGCAGACAGAUAAACACAAACAGUUUCAGUAGCCACUUUUCAACAGCUUAAAAGAUGUGUGCCAGGGCCAAAGCAGCUUAAAGUGAGACUGAAAUCUCAUCUAAAAAUCUGCUUCUCUGUCUCAACCAGUAUAUUCCUGGUUAUAGUCCAAGAUGGCACAUAGAUGAUUGAUCUAAAGAUACACAGAACCUUGUACACGUUCUUUGUACAGGUGUUAGACUCAAUUGUUGAAACCCUGUGACUUUUGAGGGUCAUAUGAGCACUAAAAAGCCCCUUUGAUGCCUAGUGACCUCUAGAAUGCACAUGGUAAAGUAAUAAGAGCACACAGUUCAAAGCAAGGAAAAGCCAAUUGUUACUUGUUCACACUUUUAAACAGUGAUUCCUUGGAAAUAAAUUGACAUGGUCUAGACACAACACAUUACUAUCUAUUAUCUGACCUAC